AAAGUUCAUCAAUUACUGGGAUAGGAAACUUAUCUUUGACAGUAGCGUUAUUAAGAGCCCUAUAAUCCACACACAUUCUCCACGUGCCAUCUUUCUUCUUAACCAAUAGCACUGGCGAAGAAUAUGGACUGACACUAGGCCUUAUUAUACCAGAGGUAAGCAUGUCUUUUACUUGUUUCUCAAUCUCAGUUUUUUGAAAAUAAGGGUACCUGUAAGGUCUCACAUUUGCAGGUUCAGUCCCUGGUUUCAGAGGGAUGCAAUGGUCAUGAGAUCUAGGAGGAGGUAAGUCCUUUGGCUCUUGAAAUAUAUCUGCAAAGGCAGACAGCAAAACUGCCAAAUCUGGUGGAGUUUCCUCUUCCCUCACAAGACAAUCAGCUUGCAACAAAUAGAGUUGGGCUAUGGCUCCUUGUGGCUGUUUGUGCAGCAACUUCUGCAUUUUUUCUGAGCUUAAAACCUUUAACUCAUCUUUCUUUACCCCAGUUAAGGACCAAGGCCAAUGUGGAUGUUGUUGGGCGUUUUCGGCUGUGGCAGCCAUGGAAGGAAUUAACCAAUUAACAACUGGUAAGUUAAUCUCGCUAUCUGAACAAGAGCUAGUUGAUUGUGAUGUAUCUGGUGAAGACCAAGGUUGCGGGGGUGGUCUUAUGGAUGAGGCCUUUAAAUUCAUCGAACAAAACAAUGGGCUGACUACUGAAACAAACUACCCAUACAAGGGAACUGAUGACACUUGCAACAAAAACAAAGCAGCAAACCAUGCAGCUAAGAUAACUGGGUAUGAAGAUGUGCCUGCCAACAGUGAGAGUGCACUACUUAAGGCUGUUGCUAAUCAACCUAUCUCUGUUGCCAUUGAUGCGAGUGGAUCUGACUUCCAAUUCUAUUCAAGUGGAGUCUUUACAGGAACCUGUGGCACUCAACUAGACCAUGGUGUCACUGCUAUUGGUUAUGGGACUGCUACUGAUGGGACUAAAUACUGGCUUGUUAAAAACUCAUGGGGCACAGCAUGGGGUGAACAAGGAUACAUACGGAUGCAAAGAGACAUCAAUGCUCAGGAAGGUCUAUGUGGCAUUGCAAUGAUGGCUUCAUACCCAACUGCAUAAGAUUAAAAAAUGAAGAAGUUCCUACGUAGAAUAAUGCGUAUUGCUUGUUAAUUCUACUAUUUCUCAGUUGUUGGUUGUUUAUAGCCAUUGCAAAAUUGUGUACUUCCUAUAUUACAUCAAUGUAAAAUUAAUCAAAGUCUCAAUUAUUAUGGGCAAUAUGUUAAUUUCUUUCCUUGAA